AUGACAGACUCGAUUCAGUUACCUACCCUGCCUCGGGGGAAGUUUCCUCGGAUUCAUAAUGCUGAAUGGCAGGUUGUCAACAGGCCCUUCUCCCCGGAAGAGAUCAAACAAGUUCUCUUUGACAUGGCUCCGUCAAAGGCCCCGGGUCCGGACGACUUUAACGUAGGUUUUUACCAGCAGACUUGGCAGAUUGUAGGCGAUUCUGUCACUGCGUUUGCCAAGGAUUUCUUUGAAAAUGGCAUUCUACCAGCAGGAAGCAAUGACACCGUGAUUACACUAAUUCCCAAGGUUCCCAACCCAGAAACAGUAAAGAAGCUCCCUACGAUAGAUCUUUGCAAUGUUUCUUACAAAGUUUUAACCAAAGCUAUGGCAUUUAGGCUUAAGGAGAUCUCCCAGAAACUAGUUGGCCCCUUUCAAGCUAGUUUCGUUCCGGGCAGGCAAAUAUCAGACAACAUACUCGUUUAUCAAGAAGUUUUAAAUUCCAUAAGAAUGAGAAAAGGUUCCAGCGGUUGGAUGGUAUGGAAGAUCGGCUUUGAAAAGGCCUAUGAUCGUUUAUCUUGGGACUUUAUCCGAGAUACUUUGGAAGAUAUAGGUUUUAAUCACAUUUGGAUAAGGAACAUCCUAAACUAUAUUUCUUCACCCAGAUUUUCAGUAGCCUGGAAUGUUGAACAUUCAAACUGGUUUACUCCUGGUCGUGGCAUCCGUCAAGGAGAUCCCAUUUCCCCUCUUCUAUUUGUUUUAUAUGAUGUUGUUUUGUCUGGCGAAGCUUCGGAGCUACAAGCUGAGACGAUGUUGCGGUGCCUUGAUGCUUUCUGUGACUCAUCAGGAGAUCCACUCAAAUCGUCUAUGUUCUUUUCCAGUAUGCUAGAGAAGGUUCGCAACAGGCUUUCUGGCUGGAGGUCAAAGUCGCUCUCACUUGCUGGAAGACACGUUCUUGCGCAAUCAGUCAUUUCCACUAUCCCAUUUUACACGAUGCAAACCACCCUUGUCCCUAGGGGUGUUAUCCAGUCCAUUGAGCGUCUUAUUCGCAGCUUUCUUUGGGGAGCUAACGAAGGUGAAAGAAGGUGUAAUUUGGUCAACUGGAACACAGUUACGAGAUGCAAGUCUAAUGGGGGAUUAGGAAUUCAGAAACUAGAGGAGAUGAACACUGCUUUUCUUGCCAAGUUAGGUUGGAGGCUAAUCAUAGAAGAAGAUUCCCUCUGGGCAAAGGUCUUUAGAAGCAAAUAUUCCAUAUCAAGCGCCCCUCUCCAUUGUCAUGGCGGCCCAAGAGGAAUAUGUCCAAUGCUUGGAAAGGAGUUCUCAAGAGUGUUCCCGUUCUUCAAGCAGUGGGAAGCCUUCCAUAAUUUACUCCCGGAAGGUAUCCUCGACAUGCUUGCUACCACAUUUAUUGUCACAGAAAAUAACCUUCCCGACCAACUUGUAUGGAAGAAUGAGACAUCAGGCCACUUUACAGCCACUUCAGCUUAUGGCCUAGCACCCAAUGAUCCAGACGCAGCAGAUAAGGCGGCCUGGGAAAACAUUUGGAAGUUAAGAGUUCCGAAUCGUAUAAGGACCUUUUUGUGGCUGAUGAAGCAUGAUAGAGCUAUGACGAAUGCUAAUAGAGCUAAACGAGGCUUCACCCUCAACGAUAAUUGUUGGGUUUGUCCUACGGUUGUAGAAGAUAUAGAGCACGUAUUGAGGAGAUGUCCCAAGGCUGAAGCAAGUUUGGUUACGUCUUCUCCUAGAGUUCACAUCUAA